CCAGGAAAAUGGCGGCAAAUCUUUGGUCACUCUUCGUGUGGACAACAUGGGAUUUUAUCUCUACUGGACUUGCCCAAACAUGGAAGUUGAUAUUUUAGAUAUAAGUUUAAUCCGAGACACAAGGACAGGAAAGUACGCUAAAAUACCAAAGGACUUCCGUAUGAGGGAAAUUUUAGGCUUUACGUCAGCUGAGCAACGUCCUGAAGAUAAACUUGUUACAGUCGUAUAUGGCACGGACAUGGUUAACAUCAAUUUCCUCAACUUCAUGGCUGUUCAGGAGGAUACAGCAAAGGUUUGGACAGAAGGACUAUUUAAACUGGCCACAAAUAUUUUGGCACAGAAUUCAUCUCGGAACUCGUUUCUGCAAAAAGCUUACAGCAAGCUGAAACUCCAGGUGAAUCAGGAUGGACGAAUACCAGUCAAGAACAUCCUUAAGAUGUUUGCCGCUGACAAGAAAAGAGUAGAGACUGCGCUGGAGUCCUGUGCGCUGAACUUUAAUAGGGGUGAGUCUAUUAAACCAGAGGAAUUUACCCUCGAAAUUUUUGAGCGAUUUCUGAAUAAGCUAUGCCUGCGGCCAGAUAUUGAUAAGAUCCUAAUAGAAAAUGGAGCUAAAGGGAAGCCCUAUUUAACUCUGGAGCAGCUAAUGGAGUUUGUAAACCAGAAACAGAGGGAUCCAAGGCUCAAUGAGAUCCUUUUCCCACCUCUUAAAAGGGACCAGGUGCGUCAGCUUAUUGAAAAAUACGAGCCCAACAAACAGUUUCUUGAAAGAGACCAGAUCUCUAUGGAAGGUUUUAGCCGUUUUCUGGGUGGGGAUGAAAACAGCAUUGUUCCUCCAGAGGCCUUGGAUCUUAGUGAUGACAUGACACAGCCGCUCACCAGUUACUUUAUCAACUCUUCCCACAAUACCUACCUCACUGCUGGUCAGCUGACGGGGAACUCAUCAGUAGAGAUGUACAGACAGGUGCUGCUCACAGGCUGCCGUUGUAUCGAGUUGGACUGCUGGAAAGGACGUCCCCAAGAUGAAGAACCAUUCAUUACUCAUGGUUUCACCAUGACCACUGAGAUACCUUUUAAGGAAGUAAUUGAAGCAAUAGCAGAAAGUGCCUUCAAAACCUCCCCAUUUCCAGUCAUUUUAUCUUUUGAAAAUCAUGUUGACUCAGCAAAGCAACAAGCUAAGAUGGCCGAAUACUGCAGAAACAUCUUUGGAGAUGCACUUCUAACUGAACCGCUAGAGAAAUAUCCUCUCCAGCCAGGACUGUCUCUUCCAAGCCCUCAAGAACUGUUGGGGAAAAUCUUGGUAAAGAAUAAAAAAAGGCACAGAGUGGGGGUAAAGGGUCCUGAAGGCAGUGUGAAAAGAAGAGUCAGUGAACAGCCAUCCAAUACUUACAGUGACUCCUCCAGCAUCUGUGUGAUUCACCUGCAGUAGGUAUUGUGAACUCUGACUCAGCUGAUGUAUCUUUGACACUUUCUAAUGGAGAUGAACAAAUAGAGGAGAGGAUUCCCAAGUGUGCAGAGCCACGGAAAUCCAUAGAUCGUGAUGCUUAUAGUGAGGAGGAGGAGGAUGAAGAACCCUCUGACCCUAAAAAGUCAGAUGAAGGCACUGCUAGCAGUGAAGUCAGUGCUACUGAAGAAAUGUCCAAUCUUGUUAACUACGUGGAACCUGUAA